GUUUACUAAAGAGUUGAUCAGAUGGAACAAACACUUGAUGCCUUUUCUUAAGUCUUACUUAGACUUCACUCUAUAUUCCAGCAACUUGUGUCUAUAUUUUUAUAGAAUUGGAGUGUCAAAAUGACCAGACGAAAACCUGGAAAACGAUGGAGAAGGACUGGUAAUGAAGAAGACCCAAAUAAACGACCAAGAAGGAUUGCACAAUUGUCAUCCCUACCUGAAGCCACCAAUGUUCAUGUGGAGACUGAUCAGCAAUAUUUAGGAUGUAGCACCUGGGGAACACGGCAGGAGGUUGGGGUGCCUCCUGGAGGAGCCCAGAACGAACAAGUCCAACCUCCGGUUGUACAUGCAGGAUCUACCCCACUCACUCUGGAACAUCAAACCUCUCACCACCUGCCAGCACAAGGGAGCAUGGCACAAGAGAGUAUUUCAACUGUUUACUCUUUUGAAGACUAUGAAGAAUCAUCUUCCAGAUCAGCCUUCAGAGAUCCCCCUGAUGGCCUAACAACUGAACUACAAGGCAGUGUUGAGUAUGAUCCAUCUCAAUCAUUUGAGGAAGCUCUCCCUGAUGUGGGGGUUUGGACGUAUGAUGAUGGACAUAUGUUCAGAGAGGGAUUUGAAGAGGAUUUGAGUGAGGAGUGUGCAGAAGAGUCAAAUUUCAAGGACACAACAGACAAGCCAUUAUAUGACAAUGCAUCAAUAACUGUGUCAGAGUGCCUUUUGAUCAUCAUGGCUUAUGUAAACUGUCAUAAAGUAACUGAUAAGGCCCUUAGUGAUUUGCUUAAAAUGCUCAAGUUGCUUUGUCCCGACAGUCUGAACACAAACUGCUUAAACAGUAUACAGAAGUUCAAAGACUUCUUUUUCUCCCGUUCUGCAUCAUCCCCUAUUGUAUUGCAUAAAUAUUGCAGUAAUUGUUUUGGGUCAUUAGAAAGUGCACAAUUGGAAUGUCUGUCUUGUGGAGCUACUAUGUCAGAAGAUAAAUCCUCAUCCUUCAUAGAGAUUCCAAUUGAGGCUCAAAUAAGAUCAUUGUUUCUCAAGCCAGGUUUUCAGGAGAAGCUUAACUUUAGAUUUAGCAGGAAGAAAACGGAUCCCAACAAUGUUGAAGAUAUAUAUGAUGCAGAAGUUUACAAACAGCUUGUAGAUGGGGGUGGUCCUCUUAGUGACCCUAAAAACAUCUCACUUACUUGGAACACAGAUGGGGUACCUAUUUUCAGUGGUGGAAUGUAA